AUGUCCAAGAUUCUAGUUAAUCUCGGUUCCGGAGAAGAAAUCAAGUUCCAAAUUUAUUGUCGAAAUAUCAAGUGCCGAGCUGCCCAAAGCAAGAAAGUGGCGCGUAAAGUUGGAGCUAAUGAGUUGCAAUACUUGUUGAAUGCGAUUAUAUAUGGUCCUCAACAACUCUGUGACGCAGUAGGGUUAUAUUUGACGAAAUGCGGCGUCUAUCUUCAGGAUCCAUUGCAUUGUGAUGGGGACUACAAGUAUUCGAAUCCUCACAUCAUAUCACGGUCAGAAGGGACAGCUAUGACUUCUUCUCUCAUGAAUCUCAAAGCAAAAUCAGAUGUAGAGGUGAUACGGACUAAAGAUCUUUUCGCGGAGCUAAGUGAGGACGACCAUCUCCUCUUGACUGAAGCACCUGAUGCCAUCAAUACACCUCUCUAUAUUCAUCAGAAGAGAGCACUUACUUUCAUGACAAGGAGGGAAGAAGGGUGGCAAUACAAUGACUCAAUGGAAGAUUUUUGGGUUAAAGAAGUCGAUGAGACCGGCCAGAUGACCAGAUACACGAACAUGAUCACAGAGAUCUCUCAGAAUGCUCCUCCCCCAGCCUGCCCAGGUGGUCUGCUCGCUGAUCAGAUGGGGUUGGGAAAGUCUUUAACUGUGAUUUCCCUCAUUGCUUCGAACACUUGCAAAACGCGGGAACCAAUUACUUUUACAUCAGAAGGCUAUCUCAAACGCUUAAAGUCAACAAUGGUGGUGGUGCCAUAUUCUCUUCUUGAAGUUUGGAAUACGCAGUUGAAAAGACAUCUUAAACCUAACACGUUGACUUGGAUGAAGUUCCAUGGCAAUACAAAAAAGAGAACCCUUGACCUGGCCAGACACGAUAUAGUGAUCACCACUUUCGAGACUCUUGUUAGUGAGCAGAGCAGGCAUCUCAAUCCUGAGUACCAAAACGAUACACUUUUCUCGUUUUCGUGGCAUAGGAUUGUAUUAGAUGAGGCUCACAUAAUCCGGAAUCGAACAACAUCGAUGGCCAGAGCCGCAUGCGCAAUUCAUGCCACAAACCGCUGGGCAAUCACUGGCACACCUAUACAAAAUUGCGUGACUGAUUUUGCCAGUCUGCUUCAGUUCCUCCAGCUAUAUCCUUUUUCCAUCCCCAGAGUUUUCGAUGAGCAUAUUGCUAGGCCAUGGCUUAAGUCUGGUGGUGAUCGAGAUAUCUCUUCGAUGAAGAAAUUAGUAAACUGCAUCUCUUUGAGUCGAACGAAAUCGAUAAUUGAUCUUCCUAAACGAGAAGAUUUAAUUCAUCAUCUUGACUUCAGCGCAGAAGAACACGAGUUUUAUAACACGGUGAAAGAAGGGGUUUUGAGGAAGCUCAACGAAGCUGUGGGAUCAACUCCAGUACGGCCAGGCCAAUACCUGAAUGCUUUGCAAUGGCUUAACGAAUUGCGACUCCUCUGCAACCACGGCCUCGCACACGCGAAGAUAAAUGUCAACAAGCCUCUUAGUAUCACCCCCCAAGAUAUUCAGAAUUGGAACAAAUCUACGGCCAAUAGAGCCUUCGAGACCAUUGUCUGUCACGAUGAGGCCAUCUGCUCGAUGUGUGGAAAUUCAAUUACAGAUGGGGGCGGAGGAGGGUCCUCUUCCGAGUUUCCCAAACCGAUCCUCUCCAAGUGCCUUAUAUUGACUUGUGGAUCGUGUGUCAAGCAUUCUAUCGGUGGUGAGCUUGCACACAGAUGCCCACACGACUCCUUUUGUAAAAGUAUCGAGGUUUCAUGGGCGUCAGAAAAUGAAGGGCAAGCUCGGAUAGAAAGGGUCCUUCCUUCGAUACAGCCAGAACGGGUCUCUACGAAACUCAAAACCCUUCUGAAGAGCCUACAAACUUGCUAUCUAGGAGAGAAGAGUGUUGUGUUCUCCUAUUGGACAACUACUCUUGACAUUAUCGAGUCGUUGCUCCGACAAUCCGAUAUAUCUUACACACGUAUAGACGGCAAACACUCAGGUGAGAGACGAGAGGAAGCGAUUGAAAAGUUUCAGACCGAUGAAAAAGUUCAAGUCAUACUUGUCUCUAUCACUUGUGGAGGCGCUGGACUUGAUCUCACCGCGGCUUCUGUCGCCUAUCUUUUAGAGCCACAGUGGAAUCCUAUGUUGGAAGAACAAGCACUGUGCCGGAUCCACCGACUGGGCCAAGCGAAAGAAGUCAAAACAAUCCGAUAUCGAAUCAGAGGGUCUUUCGAAGAAGUAUGA